AUGUUCAAAUGUAGAAAGUUUCCGGUAAUGAUAGAGCAGUUCGCUACGAAACCUUCUGGAAAAAUUAUGCUGAAACCAGAAUAUCGCUUACAAUGUCCAUUGAUCCUUCAAAAAUAUGUUGCCGAGAAUCUUGAAGAAAAUUAUAGUACAAAGAUUGCCGAAGUACUUUCAAAGCUCGUUUUACAUCCAAUCGAUCGAUUUCUGAAAGAUUUGAAUCCUUUAUCGAUUUUGGCAAAAUCUUUUGUUCAAUUCGGAUUUACCCAAUUUUGCCAUACAGAUUCUAUUGGAACGAAGCUUAUGACACUAGAGGGUAUUCGCGAUUUCAAGCAUCAUUGGACUCUUCAGACCAUUGUAACGCACUCAAAAACGGACCUUUUGGAAUUAUUGGCUGCAUAUGACUCACAAACCGCGGAAAGGCUCAGAAAUUCUAAUGGAUAUCCGACUGUUGGAACGUCAUUUCCACUUCGCGAUCGAAAUUUGUUCGCUUGUCCGCCUCCGCCGCAGAGUCAUUUGAUUUUUGAGACGAUUUUUGAGAAUGAGAGUGUGGAGAAUAAUUAUAAAAUUGUUGAAGAUCAAUGCGAUGAACGAUUUAAUGAGAUUGUCGUUUUGAUGAAUCGCGAGAAGUAUUCAGAAAGUGUCAAAAUUGGCCCGAAACGAUCGGAAUUGUGUUUCGAGAAUGUUUGGGUCAACUGUCAUGGAGCCGUAGCACCUCGAUUUGCAGCGAAUUUGAAGUUGGAAUAUCGCGCUGCGACGCUUUCAUGGACUCUUCGUGUUGAUCAUGAUGUUCGACAGAAUACGCCUCUAUUGAAUAUGUGUGGAGUGGUUUGCGAUUCAUCAGUUGCCCAUGAAUCUUUUCUCAAAUAUGGCGAGAAUUUCGCAUUUUGCUCAUUUAUUGCCAUCGGCUCAACUGGAAAAUGUCUCGAUCGACGUCGCUAUUUCGAUUUUUCUCGAUUUAUUGCACACAGUUGCGAACCGAAUUGUGAUGUUCGUUUGGUGGAAAAUGGAAAACCGCUUCCUGAUUUGGUAGUUUACACGAAGAAGACAAUCGACGUCGUUCAAGAGGACCUCACAAUCGAUUAUUUCAAAAUGUUCAAGGAUGACGUCGAUGAUUAUUUUCAGAAUGUUAAAGAUCCUAUUGUUCAAGAAGAAAACGGGAGAAUUCUCUAUUUGCAUGAGCACAACAUCGAUUUUCUUUUGUGCUCAUGUGGUGCUGAUUCGUGUAGAGAAAUACUUUUCAUCGACAAAUCGACAUUAAAAAGAUCGUACGCUUCAACCAAAAAAAGUGCGAAAAUGAGCAAGCUUCCUCCUGAUUUCAAAUUUGGCGGUCUUCAACUAUCAGACACACUCGGCGCCUUCAAUAUGCACGGAAAUAAUUUUCUGUGA